AUGGACUCAUCCAAACAGUCUAACAAAAUUAGUGACAUUGUGAGACUCAAACAGAUGCUCAAGAAAUGGAGGAAACAAGCACACGAAGCUAAGGCCGCCAAUAACAGCAACUCCAACAACAACAACAACAACAACAGCAGCAGCAGCAUUAACUUUCUGAAGAGGACGCUCUCUUUCACCGACCUAUCAGCCAACAAUGGGGUGCCAAGCAACAACGCCGUACCCAAAGGUUUCUUAGCUGUUCAAGUCGGUGAGGAGAUGAAACGCUUUGUCAUCCCAACAAAGUACUUGAGUCACCAAGCAUUUAGUGUCCUGCUGAAAGAAGCUGAGGAGGAGUUUGGUUACCAGAAAGAAGGUGUUCUGAAGAUUCCCUGUGAAGUGGAAGUGUUUGAAAAUAUCUUGAAGAUGGUGGAGGAAAAGAACAGUUCAAAUGCCAAACAAAGUCUUAAGUUUAGCAGAAAUGAUGUGAUUGUAUGUGGCUCUUCAGAAAGUCAGAGCCUCUCUCAAUCUCACCAUCCCCCAAGCCCAAUGUGCAGAUAA